AUGUUCUUGUUCUCCCUCAGAACCAGCAACAUUGAGAUCAAUGACAUGCAAACCAAGGCGUUCAUUGUGAUCAAGAUGUACGGGCUGACCUUGGAGAUGGGCUUCAUCUUCGUAAAGUUGAUCUUCCUGGAGAUGAGCGAUUUCAUCUUCUUGCUCAUACACAGGGUUUUCAUUGAGAUCAGUUCUACAAGGGAAGGAGGGGUGUGGCACAGACGGGAAAUCCCCUGGCGCGGUGGUUCAAAUUUUGCAUUCCCCACAGUUGAUUCUGAGCCGCAAACUGUGGGCAAGCUUUCUGUAAUGACACGUGUAAUGGACGUGUCUCUAGAGUGUUCUCCGAAACUUUACGAAUGUUACACGUGCAAUACCUCUCCUCUGGACCAGGUGCCCAUGCCAAUGCAGGUAGCAAAUUACCAUAAUGCCCCUGUGUACAGAGUAAAAGCAGAGACGAUGGAAAUGUACUUGGUUGAGGACCUCGAUUUGCUGGACGAUGACGACGAGUUCGGCGGGUUUGGAGUCACCGUCGGCAGCGAUACCCCCAGGCCGGAUAAGCAAACGUAUGAUACUUCUGCUGGGGAGUACAGAAAUGGGAAAGACAUGCAAGGGAUACCCUGGGAGAGUCUGAACUAUGGUAGAGACGACUACCGUAGGAUGAGGUUGAAGGAGUACAAGAACUAUGAGAGCCUCUCCAGAUCACAUGAGUUGUUGGAUUUGGAGUGCAAACAAGUGGACAGAGGAAGCACAUUCUAUGAUUUCUGCUUCAACACAAGACUUGUCAAGUCAACAAUAGUUCACUUUCAGCUGAGGGACCUCAUUUGGGCCACAUCCAAGCAUGAUGUCUACACGACGCAGAACUAUUCAGUCAUGCACUGGUCUUCUCUUCUUCAAAGAGGGGAAGAAGUGCUCAAUGUGGCAAAUCGUGUACUUCCAAAGAAGACGGUCCGUGGGGCUCAGCCACUGUUCAGAAUGCAGAUGAGCUCAAUGGCCUUAAAAGAUAAUCUUUUGGUAGCUGGUGGUUUCCGGGGCGAACUGAUUUGCAAGUACGUCGAUCAACCUGGAGUGGCUUUCUGUACAAAUCUUGCCGAGGAUAAGGAUAGCAUCACAAAUGCUGUAGAUGUGUACGAGUCUCCUAAUGGGUCUACACGAGUGAUGGCUGCCAACAAUGACUGUGCUGUCAGAGUUUUUGAUACCGAAAGGUUCAAGCUACUUAGCCACUUGAGAUUCCCAUGGUCGGUCAAUGAUACAUCAGCGAGUCCUGAUGGCAAACUUAUUGCUGUUCUUGGCGAUAGCUCUGAGUGUUUGGUAGCUGAUGCUCAGUCCGGCAAGGAAAUCGCAAACCUCAGGGGACACCUAGACUACUCGUUCUCAUCGGCCUGGCACCCUGACGGCCGCGUCCUCGCCACCGGGAACCAGGACACCACCUGCCGGCUGUGGGACGUGCGCAACCUCUCUCGGUCUUUCGCGGUGCUGAAGGGGAGAAUCGGCGCGGUGAGGGGCCUCAAGUUCUCGUCGGACGGCCGGUUCCUGGCGAUGUCGGAGGCGGCGGACUUCGUCCACGUGUACGACUCGCAGGCCGAUUACUCGAGGGAGCAGGAGAUCGACAUCUUUGGAGAGAUCGCAGGCAUGUCAUUCAGCCCGGACACGGAGGCCCUGUUUGUAGGGGUCGCUGACCGGACGUAUGGCAGCCUGAUCGAGUUCAGCAGGAGGCAUCGGUACGACUACUUCGACUCCUGUCUAUGA